CGCUGUACAGCAACUAAUCCAUCGAAUCACGAAUCAUCAGAGAACGCGUGCUAAGCACCCCAACUCAGCUCACAGGUCACUUCGAGACAAACCCGUGAAGCAAGGAUCUAAGAAGAGACAACCAAGCAUACGCCGUGCAAGCCAAAGGUGCUUCCUCGGUAUAAUUCCACACAGCCGUUAUCAUUUGUGUUAUCCAAGCAAUAAGGAGAUCUCAAAGGCAGAAAAACACAAAAAGGAAACAAAAAACAAACAAAAAUUACAAACCAGCAAUCAAGCCAUCAACAAACAGACACACAAACAAAUCCAUUGCACAGAGUCCUUUACCCACACAGGACAAAUGCCUCCUCCUCCUUCAAUCACCCCGGCCGAGCUCCGAGCGGCCCACCAGGCAGCGCAGGACAAAGUCCUCGCCCAGAGAUCCAAACUCGUCUCUUCUGCUUCCUCCCCGGCAGCGGGCGCGGUCAGUUUCCCGCUCGACAACAUCUCCGAGGGCACGUGGACGCUCUUCUCGCCCCAGCUCCUCUCGCACCUGCCGCCCUCGUGGUUCGAGGCCUACGACCAGGAGUGCGACGAGUGGGUCCUCGAGUUCUACGACACCGACUUCGCCAACGAGCUGUACCCGGGGAGCUUCCAGCCCGGGGAGCUGCUGGCCACGCUGCACGUCGGGGAGAGGCAUGUGCGGUUCGAGCCCGUCCGGCGGCCCGCGGAGGUCGUUGCGGGGGAGGAAGAUGGAGGUCUGGUAGAGCUGGUACAGACUUUCAAGCACGACGGUGCUGCUGCUCCUACUGCUGCUGUUGGCGUGGAGGAUAGCAGCAGCAGCAACAGUAGACGCAAGGUCACCGCGAAGCUGCGCCUCUUGGGGGACGGGUUCCUGACGAUUGCGGUGCCUCUGGGUGAUCUUUUGCCUGGUAAGAAGGGCGACGGGGAGGACGGGGACAAGGAGGAGAUUGUCACGCUGUACGGCACGUUUGAGGAGGACGGCGAGGAUGAGUUUGAGUAUGUUGCUGCUGGAGAGGGCGGUGACUGGUGAGGCGGGCUGCUAGUUGUGAACUUUUAUUUUAUAUUUCCAGAAACUUAUAAAAGACUUUUCAAACAGGAA